UGCCACCGUUGCGCAGCUAAGAAGUAACCAAGAGGCCGAGUGUUCUCAAAGUGCAGAAAGUAACAGUUAAAUUUUUGAAUAAGUGUGUUGUGGUUCUAAAAUCAUUGCAUACUUUUAGUUGCUUCGCCAAACGCAAUUAGUUUUUGUGUGUGUGUGCGUGCGUGCGUUUCAAACGUCUAUAAUUUACUGUCGUUCCGACGUCACAUUUCAAGUUAAUACGCAUCAGUGUCGUCCACAAUGCAGGCCAUGCACAAAACUGCACACAAAACCAAAUGGCUACUGCUGCUGCUCUCAAUGCUGCUGAAUGCCGCUAUACAUCCGCACGGCUUUGCAGUGAACGCCACGGACGAUGUGGUAAGCUUGUCGCCCACUGAGCUGGAGUUUAUUAUAAGCCAGUUGAUGAGCCCCAGUCCGGAAUAUCAGCUACAUGUCUCAGCCUUACGCAAUCAGCUGAAGAACAUUUUGCGUGAGCGUCAGCUGGCUGUGGGAGAGGAGCAGCAGCUGGGCGUGGGCUAUGGCGACUAUAUAGAUGAGGAUAAACGUUCGGUGGCAGCUUUAGCUGCUCAGGGCUUGCUGCACUCUGGCCCGACUGGGUCUAGUGCCAAACGUAGCUUGGCAACGCUGGCUAAGAAUGGUCAGUUGCCAACGCCCGAUCCAGAGGACUAUGUGGAGGAUGCUUCGGGUGAUCCGAGUGAGCAAAAGCGCUACAUUGGCUCACUCGCGCGUGCUGGCGGAAUAAUGACUUAUGGCAAACGAAACGUUGGCACUUUGGCGCGUGAUUUUCAGCUGCCUAACGGCAAACGGAACCUUGCCACCAUGGCCAGACUGGGAAUGCUGCAGAGUGCCCCGGGCACACAUCGCGAUCAGCCCAAGCGUAAUGUGGCAGCCGUGGCGCGAUAUAACUCCCAGCAUAUGCAGCCGCGUGCUAGUGCAGAGAAGCGUAAUUUGGGAGCUCUAAAGGGAUCUCCGGUGCAUGGGGCUCAACAGAAGCGCGAGGACGAAGAGUUAAUGCUCUCUGCACCUGAAUUUGGCGAGUCGCAAGCCAUGGCACUGCCCAUGCAAAGCUAUUGGUGGUAUCCAAGCUACGCUGGCUACGCCGAUCUAGACUGGAACGAUUACAGACGCGCUGAGAAACGAUUUCUGGAUACGUCCAAGGAUCCCGAGCUAUUUGGCAUUGAAAACGGCGACAUGCAAUCUGACGCUGAUACAGAUGCAGAUGCCAAUACUACGUCUCAGUCCGGUUACGAGGAGCAUGGGGAGCUUCAGUUACAGCCACAAAAGCGUCACAUUGGCGCUGUCUAUCGUUCCGGUUUUCUGCCGACCUAUCGCUACCUGCGCAGCCCCUCCGCCGAUGAUCUGCGCUUUGGUGGUAACGUUGGCGGCAAUGGCCGCUUCAGUCGCUCGGGACGUGCCAGGCAAUUUGUCGAGUACUUCCCCCAACACGAGCGACUGCGUCAACCAAUCGCAGCCGUUUGUAAACGCUGUUUCCUACCCAACCAACCGAUGAUGAACUGGAGUGGUGCUGGCAUACGCGGUCGUCUGCCCAAAUUCUACGUUGAUUCCAAUAAGGCCGCUGUUCGAAGCAUUGCCACCAACAGGCUUCCCGACUCCGCGGCUACACUGCGAUCCUAUCCACCAUUCCAUUCCUGGGGCACUCCGCCGCGUAUUACAGCACUGCAUCAACGCGAAUUUCGACGCACCAAUGAACCCAUGGAUAAUUAUCAAUAUUAAUUAUAUGCUAUUGACAAUAUGCUCUAUACAAUAUACGAUUAUAAUUAAAGUUAUACAAAACCUUGUAGUUCGUAGAUGUCCAAGUAAAGAGUCCUUUACAAGCAUGCGUCACACACACACCUGCAACACUCACUCGCAACUAACAGAUUGCUGGGGAUCUGGCAAGUAUAGUUGCGGGGCAAAAUCUAUAUACAUACCUACCAAUAUACAAUAUAUCGUACACAUGUACUAUAAAAAGAAAUUUGAAGAUGGAAACAGUAAUGAGGUAACUGAUAUCAGUGCAAAACGUUAAAUAUCAAAAUAAAUCAUAUCGCUCGGUUAUUAUUCUAUGUAUUUUAAAACGCAAAAGAAAAAAAUAUUAGUGCCAAUUCUGUACCUUAGAUUGAAGUCUUGAACUCUAACAGAUAUGCUCAACCGAAAUAUUCUCCUCAACUACAUUUUGUCUCAUGUUUCAAAUACAUAGUAAUCUCUACUAAGUAAAUACAUAUAUAUUGCGAAUUCUUCCUCUAUAUAUAUAUAUAUACUUCAUAUUUAUACAUACGUGUGUGGAAACGAAUUGACAAUAUUAACUUUUUAGUAGUGAAAAUAUAUGUAUAAAUAUUUUAGAAAACUAGCUUAGGUGUCGCGACAAAUUCUCAUAAUUAGAGCCGAGAGUUGAAAUAAAAUUCCAAAAACUGCGUCAAAGACAAUAAAUUUUGCGAAGGCUUCACCAAAUCAGACAAUAAAUGAAAAAUUGACAAUAAUAAAGUAUUUUCAUUUAUUAACACAAUUGUGUGUUUUUACACCUAUGUAGUUAUUUGUUUUAAUAAUAUACGUUUUUAGAAUUAUUUAAAGCAACUGAGCAUGGAAAAUGUAAAAAAAAAUCAAUAUAUAUAUAUAUAUGUAUAUGUAUGUUAACCAUAAAAAACAUAUUCAAUGUGCGUAAUUAUAAGUCUGAUGUUGUCAAUAAUUAUCUUUCAUAUUUAUUUUACUUGAAACUAAAUGUAUAACAAUUUAAAAAUAUAUACAUUGAUAUUUAAUUUGUUUAAUUAUCCCGACAGAGCAGUGGAAACUGCCCAAAUAGACAUUGUAAAAAAUAGAAGGAAACAAUGUUAUCGAAAGGCUAUAUCUAUUUACACAAUUAUAUAAAAACCCAAAAUUAAUAAAAAUAUAUACAUACCGAUUACAGGUUUGCUUCUACAUUACUGAAAUAA